AUGGACGUCAUCACACAGUUACUACAAGCCUCUAAAGUUACAGAGACGCAUCAUUUAAUACAGUGUAUAAAAGACAACAACCUGAAGAAGUUGAAAACCUUACUUAAUGAUGACAACAUCAAUCAAGCUUACCCAUGCACUCAGUGUAAUGACAACAUAACACCACUGAUCGCUGCUGUUGUGAGCCACAACGAGAGAAUUUGUUCUUUCCUUUUGCAGAAGGGUGCAAAGCCAGAUGUAACCUCCCAGAAAGGCUUGACACCAUUGCAUUAUGUCUCACUGUCCAGAGCACCUCUACUUUUUGUGGAAAAGCUGCUUGAAGCUAAAGCUAAUCCAAAUGGGUGGGCUCUACUGCAGCCAUUCACACCCCUGCAGACUGCUGCCAUUCAUGAUAGGGAGGAUGUCGUGAAAGUGCUUGUCUCUGCUGGAGCAUUGGUCACUUUGUUAACCAUUAAUUACCCUGAACGCAGCACAAACAAUAAAUGUAUAAUUCAAACUGUUCAUAACCUAGCACGGAAAGGGAAUAAACUGUGCUCCAAGAUUGGACAUUUCCUUGACUUGGAACCUGCAGUGCAACGUAAUCAACCUGAGGAAGUGUUCAAAACCUUUGACAGACAAAUGUUGUUGGAACAUCCUCAGAACCAUCUGACUAUCAUUGAGAUACUCUUUACUGUAACAGGGCCAAAUGCAGAAAAAUAUCGCAAUAAAAGUGUUCAAUGGCUGAAGGACACUAACAAUGUGAACACUUACAUUGGAAGUGUAGUCAGUCGCUUUCCAAAAAUGUCCCAAGAAUGUUUAUAUCAGGCAAUAGUUAGUUUAUAUGCAGUCUUGUGUACUGUUGAAGAGAUACUAAAUGACCAAGCAUGUGCCCUGGUCCAUGUACAUCUGGAUCAGCUUGGUUCAAAAAAGUCACCUGCUUUAUUUAACAUCAUUCUGCAAACACUUUAUGUGAUAACACAGAAAACAACAGGCAGAAAUGGCUGGGAUCCUGCCUUAAUUAAGAGAAUGUGUAGUAUAAUCACUCCUUAUGUGCACCAGGGACAUGACACUGACAAAAGGGUUUUCACAUAUGGCAUAUUUGGAAACUUGCUCUCAUUUGAAAAUGGGGCUAACUUCAUCACAUCAGCAGGGAUAACUUCUGUGCCUGAUGACAUACUGACAUCUGCAGAAAUGCAAAUGCUGAGAGAUCUUAAAGAAGUAAUCAGACGACUGAAAAAUCACCUGGAGAAACCAAACUCAGAAUGUGAAGACUUAAAUGGAGCAAAGAAGAAGAAGAAGAAGAAAAAGAAGAAGAAGAAGAAGAAAGAAGAGAGUCAAGAAGACCCAAACAAUGCUGAAGUGUCCACUUCUGCAACUGAGGUUACAGCAGCUGAGCCAUUAGAGAUUAAAACCACUACAUUGUCAACAAAACACAGAUGGUUUCCAGUCAGCAAAAGAUGGAGUGAAAAACUCAAGAAGCUCUCUGUUGAAAGUAAAGUACUCACAGCAGGGAACAUGAUUUAUGUGAAUAGUGGAGAAUUUCGAAUUGCUAAGGGCAGUGAUGGUACCGAAGUGUUCUUGGGGCUCAGAGAUGAUGGAACUGAAGUUGCUAUUAAGAGAAUGUACAAGAGCAACUAUGAGGUCCUGAAGAAUGAGGAAGUGUUUCUACGACUUCCAGAACUGGAUCGUCAAUCUAUCGUACGAUAUGUGGACUUUGCAGUGGAUGAGCACUAUGGAUAUCUUGGUCUCCAACUUUGUGAAUACACACUGGGAGAAAUCAUCACUACCAAGAGAGAUGGUGGUCUACACAUGGAGACACUUGCCUAUCAGGUCCUUGAGAGUUUGAGGGUGCUCCAUAGUAAAAAACCUCCAAUUCUCCACCGGGAUCUCAAACCACAAAAUGUUUUGAUUGGUAAGACCCAUCAGAGAAAUGUUAUUCUAAAAAGAUCUAUAAUUUCCAAAUUUGUUAUUGUAAUUAUAAAGAGAUUUUCUUGAUCUUUCUGCAGAUGUUAAUGGAAGGGCAAGAUUAGCUGAUUUUGGCAUCAGUAGACAGUUACCCAAAGGCCAAACGACGUAUCACACAGGAGCUGCUGGAACAAAGUGCUGGAAGGCCAAAGAGACCUUAGCAGAAGGUGUUGACAUACCAUACAAAUCCAGCACUGAUAUACAGGCAAGUUCUUUCACACCCAUUAUUUUAAUGACUUCUUGGAAAACCACUUUCUUAAUUGCUUUUGUUAAUCCUCCAGGUGGCAGGCAUGCUGAUCUACUAUAUUCUCUCCGGGGGACACCAUCCUUUUGGUGACAUGGCCUGUGAAUGUGAGUUCAACAUUUAUAAAGGGAACUACAAUCUGGACCAUGUCAAAGAUACUGUGGCAAAGGACCUCAUUGAGUGGAUGAUAAACAAAGAUCCAAAAAAGAGACCAAAAGUUGGAGAAUGUCUGAGCCAUCCUUUCUUUUGGAGCCCAGGGAGGUAAGGAAGGAAAGAUGAUGGAUUGAUUUCUUUGUUGAUACCUUGAUUUCUAUAUUAAUACUUAAAAUUUGACUUGAUAAUGAAGUACUCAAGGUGGCACAGUGGUGUAGUGGUUAGCACUGUCACCUCACAACAAGAAGGUCCUGGGUUCAAAUCCAGGUCAGGGCGUUUCUGUGUGGAGUUUGCAUGUUCUCCCUGUGUCUGUGUGGGUUUACUCCGGGUACUCCAGUUUCCUCCCACAUCCCGAAAACGUGCAGCAGUGGGGUUAGGUGAAUUGGUCACUUUCAAAUUGCCCAUAGGUGUGAAUGUGAGCGUGGAUGGUCAUCUCUAUAUGUCAGCCCUGCGAUGAACUGGCGACUUGUCCAGGGUGUCCCCUGCCUUCGCCCGAAGAUGCUGGGAUAGGCUCCAGCCCCCCCGCGACCCUGGGAACGGGAAUAAGCGGUAGAAAAUAGAUGGAUGGAAUUAAGUACUCAUCAAGUUAGAGUGAUCUUAGUCACUAAAAUUAAUCUUUAUGGUAAUGACUACAAAAUUUUCAUCCACAGAGCAUUGAGCAUGGUUAAAAUAAAUGAUGUGAUAAAGCCUUGGUUUUUAAUGUUAGAGGAUCAACUCUUUUUCAUAUUAUAUAAAAUAUGCAUCUUAAUUUCAAAUUUUAUUCUUUCAGGAGAACUGAUUAUCUGAAAGAGAUUGGAAACCUGGACAAAGUGAAACAAUGUCAAAAUGUUGAACUGGAAUUGAGACAGUGGGUGGACAACUGUGCUGGAGAUGAAUCCCUCAAAGAGUGGAAAACCAAGGUAACUGAAACAACACAAGUGCAUUUAUUUUGAGGGCCUGAGUGUUGAGGGUGCACGAGCCCCAAUAAAAUGCAAGGGAUUAUGAUUACACUUUCUGGUUUACAAGGUUUUAUUUAUUUAUGUAUUUGGGGGGGGGGGGGGUAUUUUUCCACCAUCAAGCUCUACAAAAAAAAGUCUCUUGUGCUCAUACCCUAGGAAGUCAGCAAAUUCAAACCCUGUCUCUGCACUUUGCAUGUACUUCACUUGCUCAAAUGAAUUUACUAACACUCAGUGUUACUGUUGUUUUGUUUUAUAGUUUCCACCAGAGUUGGUCCACAAAUUGGAACAAGAAAGAAAGAAACCCUAUCCUGACAACAUCCUGGCACUGCUGCGGUUCAUUCGAAACGCCCAUGCGCACCAGUGAGUUAAAACCAGUUGAAGAAAAGUCAUCAUUAGAUGAUUUUUAAUGAUUAUUUGCUGUUCUUAUAUCAAAUCAAAACUCUAACAUUUCUGUGAUUUUAAUUUCAUUGAACUGCUACUUUGCAUGAUUCUUCAAACUCUUGUUUAAUUCUUCAAAUACACAACAGCAAAGAUUAGUCUAUAAUUAACCUUGUCACAGUUGGUUCUGUUAUCUCAAUUAUCACAACCUCAUUUUUCAGAAGGUUGGUGGAACUAAUAGAACAAAAAACUUGAUUUACAUAGACAUUUGUUUGUAAUAGUUUGACUUUUCUAUUUACAGUGCCAAUGAUGCAGCCAAACUUGAUCUGAUGUCCAUGUUUCCUGAACUGUUUGGAUGUGUUUACAAGUUUGCAAGGGAUAAAGGGUGGAAUUCAGAGCCAGCCCUGGAGAAGAUGUUUAGGAGAGAGUUUCCAGAAGACAGCAUGCUCACCGGAGCUGCAAUGCUACCUACAAACUCUGACAAAGAAGUCAAAUACCCAAUCCAAGAAUCUCAAGAAACUGAAACUGAACCAAUAACCUCAAAGCCCGAGCCGUUCAAUUGAACAGGGUUUUGAUGUUCAUCAGGCUCACUGUCACUGCUGCUGUUUGCAGUAUCAUCUUUUGUACAGAGGAUUUACAUCAGGACAGUAAAUCACUCAUCUGUUUAUUGCUUUAGAUGUACAGAGAAUGGAAAAUGCAUGUUUAAAGCCUCUUGAAAUUAAUGUUCUGGCUCUUUGAAAUAAGUAAAUAUCAGUUCCUAUUUUUCACAUGGAACAUGCAAUCUGUGUUCUUCUGUCGUUUGAUCUUGAAAUGAGAAUUAAAGUUAAAGGUAAAAAGGAUGCAAGUCCAGCAAAGAGACAGCAAUGAAAAAAGAGGAUAUAUUAAGAGUGUUUUCUUCCAAAAAUUUCAGGUGAAUGAAAAAAGAAACUGUAAAUGUCUUUGAGUUUUUCUGAUUUCUUGUGUUUAUGUAGCGCUUUAUCGCUGAUUAUACAAAGACAUUGAUGGUGUUCAUUAUCAAACACUGCUUAUCCUACUGUAUGUUAUUUCAUUUUAUUCUGAGGUAAACUUAAAAAAGACCAUAUCUUGGAGUAGGACUGCUCCUUGCAAACUUUGACAGACUUCUUGACUCACUGUCAGUUUUUUUUUUCUCUGAAAAUAUUCCCGAUCAGAUGAUAUGAGUGUUGAUGUUAAUGACUGGUCGUCUGAAACCUGUCCUAUUUUUUUAUUUUUGGUGACAUUUUAAUGCUUAUCUUGAUUAUUUCUUGUAAUUACCAAGUAAAUGAAUAAACAAAGUUUAUCGUUGUAUCAUAGAGAUGAUGGAGUGUGAGGUUCCGCUCUUGGUGUGGAAAAAAUCAGAAACACAAUCAAACAAAGCAAAAUAUGUUUUCCAGGAUAUGGCACACACAACUACUCCAAUCUCAUAAUUAAAAGAAAAUUUUUAUUAGGAAAAGAGAAGAAAAAUAACUGACAAACUGUCAUGAAUUAAGCAAAAUUUUAUCAUGUCUACUGCUCACUAAGCAACAUUUCAAGCUGCAUCUUAUUUACGACUUCUAGACGCUUUUCGUCAUGUUUUUGAUGGUCUGAUUUAGGAGUUUAAUUGUGCUGUCCAAGCGAAAUUUUAUAAACUAAAUGACUCAAAUAGGAAAUGGCAUUUUAUCACACAUGGCUGUGUUUUCAGUUUUUUGGAGGCAGUGUUUCCUGCAUUUUUAAUCUGAGGGAGUCAUGUUGAGUAAAUGUCUUUCUGUUUAUGUCACCAAUCAAGUAGAUAGAUUCCUGAGUUCAUUGUGUUGUCUGUACAUUAUCUCAAGAUGAUUUACUUUUGUCAUAGUUUCGUCUUUUCUUACACUUCAUGUUCAUUCAGCAUGUGGGAUCUUUUGAAGUGUCAUUUACUGCUCUACACCUCUAGAGGGAGGUGUUGUAGUCAGUAAUGUGAAUGCCUUCUCAGCAGUUCGACAAACAACAGUUAUGUUCUCUGACAUUGUUUCAGGGAUGAAUGUUGUCCAUGGGUCACACAAUACAUAUUGUUAUUUUUACUCAGAUUUCUUUACGCAAGAUUCUUGAAUUCAUUAGAAACUCACCCCAGAAGAUCAUCUCAAGUAUACCAACAAGUGGAUAAAAAGUUAUAACCUCAGUUUUGAGUGUUAAGAUAUACUGAGGGGCUCUGUAAAAAUGUCAAAGGGUUGAAAUUCAACUCUGUUUGGGAUCAUUUUGCAUUGGCAUUUACAUUCUUUCCUUGAUGACAGGGCAGCCUGUAUGUAAUCAUCAGGGCAACUGUUUCUAAAAUUUCAGAAACAGAAAUUUCUUUCUCUAGUCAUUUUCCACCUAACAACACAAGUGUCAUUUAGCUGUAAUUUGUUUGUUAAACUCUGAAACACUUGUUCGGUUAACACCCCAGCUGAGCUACAUUGACUUUGUCGUCACUUUCUUUGGACUCAGUUUACAGUUUUAUCUAAAUCAGUCUAAGUGAAGCUGCACACUUUUUUUGUUUUGUUUUAACAAUAACAAAUGGUAAUAAAAUAAAUAGCUACGAUAUGCCUUGAACUUAUUUAGUCCAUUAAUAUUAGUGUUAUUAAUAUUAAUACUAAUAUUAUAACACUAAUCAUAUGAAUUAUGUAAAACAUAUGAAUGUGUUUAUGUAAUAUAUUAAUACUAAUAUUACAACACUAAUAAUAUUUAUUAUGUUUUACAUGCUCUCCCAUAUGAGGCUCUCUGAACAUCUGUGCGUGCGAUACAGCACUUUUUUUUAUCUGAGGUUGCCCUGAACGCAUCUCUGCGAGACAGUGAAAGACUAUCAACGUAAAUAUUACAUCUCGAGUUUGUGUUCCUGACAUUGAAGUGUUCAUUCUGCAACAAACGCUGCUUAAAUGUAGCUUACAGCUUAAACCGACCUGAAUCCUCCCAAAUUGUAAAGUCAAAGUAUCAAUCCAGUGUCUGUAAGUCUCAGCAGAAACACAGGACAAUCUUCGGUUGUCUGGAAACUUUGGACAAACACAGCGAUCCGAUUCAUGAGUGAGCGUGGACCACCAAACUACGGGAGAUUCCUGGGAGAAAUGACAAUACGGGAGGAGGGCGGGAGUCUGAGAUACGGUAGAGUCCCGGGAAAAACACGAGUGUUGGCAGGUAUGCUUUACGGCCCGGAAAUGACGCAGACUUUCGACUGAGAAUAAAAUUUAUCUCCACACCCAGAAUCCGCCUCCACGCUGAAAUUGGCGCCAGUUAAAUAGUUCUAGCAGUCUUUUUUGAUGUAGAGAAGGCAUACGAUAUGCUGUGGAAGGAAGGUCUCCUUAUUAAAAUAAACAAAUUGGGAAUCACAGGAAAUAUGUACAAUUGGGUAUUGAGUUUUUUGUUUGAUCGGAAGAUUGAGGUGAGGAUGGGUACUUACUACUCCAGACAUUACAGUGUAGAAAAUGGGACACCCCAAGGAAGUGUGUGCAGUCCAACUUUGUUUAAUAUUAUGAUAAAUGAUAUCUUUGAGCAACUCCAUCCAAGUGUAGGGAAGUCAUUAUUUGCACAUGAUGGGGCCUUCUGGACUAGGGGGCGCAAUUUACAAUAUUUACAGCAGAAAUUGCAAUGUGCGAUUGGGAGAGUGGAACGGUGGGCUGAUAACUGGGGAUUUAAAUUCUCAGUGAGCAAGACACAGACUAUAUGCUUUGCAAAAAGACAUAAGGAAGUGGAAUUAUAUCUAUAUGGUCAAAAAAUAGAACAGGUCGGAGAAGUACGAUUUUUGGGAUUGUGGCUAGAUGAAAAAUUAACAUGGAGACAGCAUAUAGACAGGCUAGUUAACAAAUGUAAAAAAGUGAAUAAUUUAUUAAAAUGUGUAUCGGGAAGGGACUGGGGAGCAUCAAGAAUGUCACUGUUAGGAAUAUACCAAGCUGUGAUGAGAGCUGCAUUAGACUAUGGGUGCAUAGCAUAUAUGUCAGCUGCAGACACUCACUUGAAGAAAUUAGAGGUGCAGCAAGCACAAGGGCUGAGAAUUUGUUGUGGAGCAUAUAAAACCUCCCCAGUAGCAGCUAUACAGGUUGAAACAGGAGAACAGCCACUGAGAAUCAGAAGAAUGAAAAUUAUGUUGGCAUACUGGACUAACAUAAAGGGACACAGGGAGGAUCACCCCACGAAGAGUUCACUGAGGGAAUGUUGGGAAUAUGAAAACAGUAAUGCAGCCGGUUUUGGUAGAAUUGGGAAUGAAGUUGCGGAAAGGGCGGGUUUAAAUCGAAUUCAGGUCUGUAAAACGGUUCCAGUGUCAAGAAUUCCCCCAUGGCUUUUUGUAAUGCCAGAAGUGGAUUUUGAGAUUAAAAAACUUCUUAAGGCAGAGAAGAGACAAAGUACAGCUGGGUUUGUAGCCUGGGAAUAUUUGGAAGAGAGAUAUGGCAAUAAUCAAAUAAUAUUCACAGAUGGCUCAAAAGACCCAGAUACUGGACGAACUGGGGCCGCAGCGUAUAUCCCUACAGAAAAUAUUAAAAUAAAGCAGAGAUGUUCAGACGAUGUAUCAGUAUAUGCAGUAGAGAUAGCAGCAAUAAUAAUGGCAUUACAAUGGAUAAAAACUAAAGGGAAGGACAAAUCAGUCAUAGCAUCAGACAGCUGGGCAGCUCUUUCAAGCCUACAAACCAUGAAAUCUUGUAGACUAGAUCUUAUAUAUGAGGUACACAGUAACCUGUAUGAAAUCUGGGAAAGAGGGCUGGGUGUGAGUUUUGUGUGGGUUCCUGCCCAUGUGGGAAUAGUCGGAAAUGAAGAGGCAGAUAGGUUAGCAAAGCAGUCGUUAAGACAACAGGACAUAGACCUACAAGUCAGGUUAAGUAAAACAGAAGGAAAAGCACUCAUAAAAAAAUACAGUCGGGAACAGUGGCAAGAAUAUUGGGAAUCGGUAGAAACGGGCAGACAUCUGUUUUCAAUACAGAGACAGGUGGGAGAGGGAAGAAGGAUUGGAAGGAACCGGAAGGAAGAAACAACAUUAACACGGUUAAGGAUCGGUCAUACAGGAUUAAAUGGAACAUUGAAUAAAAUAGGUAAACACACAGAUGGAAAAUGUCAACAGUGUGGGGUAACGGAAUCAGUGCAGCAUGUGCUGAUGGAAUGUGUAAGAUACGAAGAAGAGAGGAAGACCUUGAAAGCAGAAAAAGAAUCAUUUAAAUUAGAAAACUUGUUAAAAGUGGACAAUAGGGCAAGGCUGGGGCGAGUCAUGGAUUUUGUGCGGGAUACGGGGUUAAUACAAAGGAUUUAGGAGUCUCCGUCACUAAAAGGUUUUAGUCUGUAACUGCCUAAUCUCCUGUUCUACCGUAGAUUCAGUAGAUGGCGGUAAUGUUCCAGACACUAAGGAGUAAACUGCCAUAAAACCAAACAGAAGAAGAAGAAGAAAUGGCGCCAGUUUCCCCAACAGUUGAGCUGAAGAUUCGACUCCGCCUUAAAUAAAAAAGCACGGUUUCGACGACUGGAUGGAAGUGUUCAUCUUAACAAGGGUCGUGCUUUUUUAUUUUCUUUUUAUUUUCUUUUUUUAAUUUCACGCGGAACCGAAACUGAAGCACAACCGUAGGCGUAUGUGGUGCAAGUUCAGUCUUGUUCUCCAGCUAAACCUGUGAGUGUGUCAAAACGGAGCACGAGGCUACAUAGAGAGGAAGAAGCUUCGUGUUAUCAAAGCUAAGGACUAUCAGCACAGAUCUGUCAUACUACUGUGGAAACCACGCUUCAGAUUUGUAAGUUUGUUUUCCUUAUUUGAGACUUGAAUUCAAAAUCAACAAAGUCAAACAAUGCUGUUGUUUGUUAAAAUAAAACAAUCUGAUUUCCUGAUGAAGGCCUUGGCCUUAUCACAAUCACCAUGUUAAUGGUUUAGUGUUAACAUAUGUUACAUCUACUUUAUAUUUGUUUGAAUUUAGUGAAGGUUUCAGACAGUUAAUAUUGAGUUCACUUUGCAGGCUUGACAGUGAAGUUCAAAGUCAAUGUGAGUCACUGUUACAUUAGCCAAAUCUUCACAUGAUUGUAAAAUACAGGACCACCUGACUCUUUUGUCUAUGCUGCUAACUUUGUUUUAAUCCUUUUCAGAAAUACAGUCAAUAGGAGAGUUUUGAAGAAGUAGAAUGAAAUUAGUUCACUUCCAUAUGCUCCUCAGGUUAGGUGUAGGCCUAUUUAAACAACAGCUCAGCCUCUUAUGUUAAGUUGUACUAUAGUGGGGCCUCUGGUUUCUAAAUUAAUUAUCAUUGAGUUACAAUCAUUCAUCUACAUGUAAAGUUGGUUUUAUCUGAGCUCAGUGCACUCAGAAUAAACAAACAGCAAUUUUAAUGUAAUUUGAGCAUGAAGUUUAAAUUGUUUCUUAAUUUUAAAAUGAUGCCAAAUGUUGCCACAGUUCUGUAAUAUUUUUCACAUUUUUUUCACAGUUUCUCUGAAGAACAAUGGACAUCAUCACACAGUUACUACAAGCUUCUCGCAUUUCAGAGACGCAUCAUUUAAUACAGAGUAUAAAAGACAACGACCUUGAGAAGUUGAAAACCUCACUAAAUGAUGACAACAUCAAUAAAACGUACCCAUGCAAUCAGAAUAAAGACAACAUAACACCACUGAUCGCUGCUGUUGUGAGCCACAACGAGAGAAUUUGUUCUUUCCUUUUGCAGAAGGGUGCAAAUCCAGAUGUAGCCUCGGAAAAAGACUUUACACCAUUGCAUUAUGCCUCAAUGUACAAUGCACCUCUUCUUUUUGUGGAAAAGCUGCUUGAAGCAAAAGCUAAUCCAAAUGGCCGUGUUCUACAACAGCCAUUCACACCCCUGCACGCCGCUGUCAUACUUGAUAGGGAGGAUGUCGUGAAAGCGCUUGUUUCUGCUGGAGCAUUGGUCACUUCGUUACCCAUAACUGGCCCUGAUUCAGUCACUCAUGAUCAAAAAUUUUCUCAGGUGAUUCAUGUACUUCUGAAUCAGCUUGGUUCAAAAAAGUCACCUGCUUUAUUUAACAUCAUUCUGCAAAUACUUUAUGUGAUAACACAGAAAACAACAGGCAGAAAUAGCUGGGAUCCUGCCUUAAUUGAGAGAAUGUGUAGUAUAAUCACUCCUUAUGUGCAUCAGGGACAUGACACCAACACAAGGGUCUUCACAUAUGGCAUAUUUGGAAACUUGCUCUCAUUUGAAAAUGGGGCUAACUUCAUCACAUCAGCAGGGAUAACUUCUGUGCCUGAUGAAAUACUGACAUUUGCAGAAAAACAAACGCUGAGAGAUCCUAAAGAAGUAAUCAGUCAACUGAAAAAUCAGCUGAGCAAUGCUACAACUGAAGCAGCAGCAGCUGAGCCUUUGCAUGUCAACGCUACAGAUACAUCUUUAAAACACAAGUGGCUUUCAGUCAGCAAGAGGUGGAGAGAAAAACUCAAGAAGCUCUCUGAUGAAAGUAAAGUACUCAGAGCAGGGAGCAUGAUUUAUGUGAAUAAUGAAGAAUUUCGGAUUGCUCAGGGCAGCGAAGGUACUGAAGUGUUCUUGGGGCUCAGAGAUGAUGGCACCGAAGUUGCCAUUAAGAAAAUGUACAAGAACAACUAUGACGUCCUGAAGAAUGAGGAAGGGUUUCUACGACUUCCAGAACUGGAUCAUCCAUCUAUCGUGCGAUAUAUGGACUUUGCAGAGGAUGAGCACUAUGGAUAUCUUGGUCUCCAACUUUGUGAUUACUCCCUGGAAAAAAUCAUCACUCCCAACAGAGAUGGUGGUCUACACAUGGAGAAACUUGCCCGUCAGGUCCUUGAGAGUUUGUGGGUGCUCCACAGUCAAAAACCUCCAAUUCUCCACCGGGAUCUCAAACCACAAAAUGUUUUGAUUGGUAAGGCCCAUCAGAGAAAUGUUAUUCUAAAAAGAUCCACAAUAUCCAAUGUUAUUGUAAUUAUAAAGUGAUUUUCUUGAUCUUUCUGCAGAUGUUAAUGGAAGGGCAAGAUUAGCUGAUUUUGGCAUUAGUCGACGAUUACCCAAAGACCAAACGACUUAUCGCACAGGAGCUGCUGGAACAAAGUGCUGGAAGGCCAAAGAGACCUUAUCAGAAGGAGAUGAGAUACCAUACAAAUCCAGCACUGAUAUACAGGCAAGUUCUUUCACUCACAUUAAUUGAAUGACUUCUUGAAAAACCACUUUCUUAAUUCCUGUUGUCAAUUCUUCAGGUGGCGGGCAUGCUGAUCUACUAUAUUCUCUCCGGGGGACACCAUCCUUUUGGUGAUGAAGAUUUUAGAAUGUGAGUUCAACAUUUAUGAAGGGAACUACAAUCUGGACCAUGUCAAAGAUAUUGUGGCAAAGGACCUCAUUGAGUGGAUGAUAAAUGAAGACCCAAAGAAGAGACCAAAAGUUGGAGAAUGUCUGAGCCAUCCUUUCUUUUGGGAAGCAGAUAAGUAAGGAAGGAAGGAUAAUGGAUUGAUUUCUUUGUUAAUACCUAAAAUUUAACUUGGCAAUUAAGUACUCAUCAAUUCAGAGUGAUUUUAGUCACUCUAAUCAAUCUUAAUGGUAAUGAUUGUACAAAAUUUCGCAUGGUUAGAAUAAAUGAUGUGAUAAAGCCUUGGUUUUUAAUGUUAGUGGAUCAACUCUUUUUCAUAUUUUAUGGAAUAUGCACCUAAAUUUCAAGUUUUAUUCUUUCAGGAGAACUGAGUAUCUGAAAGAGAUUGGAAACCUGGACAAAGUGAAACAAUAUCAAAAUGUUGAUCCGGAAUUGAGUCAGUGGGUGGUCAACUGUGCUGGAGAUGAAUCCCUCAAAGAGUGGAAAAACAAGGUGACUGAAACAACACAAAUGUAUUUACUUCUAGGGCCUGAGUGUUAAGGGCCACCUUGGAAUGCAAGGGAUUAUUAUUAUAUUAUUAUGUCUUCCAAAUGAUUUUUUUUUUCCUGGGUAAGGGUGGGGUGGGGGGUGGUAUAAAGCCUGAAAACUCACUAGUUUUUUCACACGCAUCUGGCAUAUGUAAAAUUUACCAAUUUUAAUGGUCUCUUGAAAAACAUUGUUUAAUCAUCCCCCCUAAAAUUUUCAAAAAGCCGUCCUCAUUAGGUUUUUUCCACCUACACAGAUCAGCUUUGUUAUGCAAGUUUGUCCCAUCAAGCUCUACAAAAAAGUCUCUUGCACUUAUACCCUAAACCCAACAGGAAGUCAGCAAAUUCAAACCCUGUCUCUGCAUUGACUUUAAAUGAAUUCCACUUGCGCUAAUGAAUUUACUAACACUCAGUGUUACUGUUGUUUUGUUUUAUAGUUUCCACCAGAGUUGGUCCAGAAAAUGGAAAAAAUAAGAAACCGCUAUCCUGACAACAUCCUGGGACUGCUGCGGUUCAUUCGAAACGCCUGUGUGCACCAGUGAGUUAAAACCAGUUGAAAAUAAGGAAUCAUUACAUCUUUUUAAUGAUUAUUUGAUGUUCUUAUAUCAAAUCAAAACUCUAAAAUUUCUGUGAUUUUAAUUUAACUGAAUUGCUACUUUUCAUGACGCUUUAAACUCUUGUUUGAUUCUUCAAAUACACAACAGUAAAGAUCAGUCUUUAAUUAACCUUGUCACAGUUGGUUCUACUAUCUCAAUUAUCAUUGCCUCAUUUUUCAGAAGGUUGGGGGAAAUAAUGAAACAAAAAAACUUCACUUACACUUGUUUGUAAUAGUUUGACUUUUCUAUUUACAGUUCCAUAGAGGCAGCCAAACUUGACCUGUGGUCCAUGUUUCCUGAACUGCUUGUAUGUGUUUACAAGUUUGCAAAAGACCAAGGGUGGAAUUUAAAGCCAGACCUGAAGAACAUGUUUCGGAAAGAGUUUCCAGAUGACAGCGUGUUCACCGAAGCUGCAGUGCUACCUACAAACCCUGAAGAAAAAGAAGAAGAAGAAGUCAAACACCCAAUCCAAGAAUCUCAAGAAACAGCAACUGAACCAAUGACCUCAAAGCCUGAGCCGAUCAACUGA